AAAACUCCCUGCAGCAGCACGAGCUUGUAACUCUUGGUACCGAGGAAGAGCUAACUAUCUUUGUUGGCUCUCUCCACUAUGCUCUGAAGCUGCAAGAUUUUGUUCAGGUGACUUGGUGUUUUCUCUCUUAUCCAUGAGAAACUGCCUACCUUCUUCUCCCUUGCCGCCCCCUUCCUCAUCCAGGUUGUUCCAUCUGAUCUGUUGCCAACACAACCAUCAAACAUGUUAUCCACAACACAGACUGUCGCGCACAGCAACGGCGCCACCAGUGGUGCCGUGAUAAUCACGAAGCGGCUCCUUGUCCGGCCUUCCACAUUCGCUGACGCCCCGGACAUGGCACGACUUGCAAACAACCUCAAGAUAGCAAGAAACAUGCGGAACACCUUCCCAUCGCCUUAUCUGCUUGAGCAUGCCGAGGUCUGUCUCACAAUGUGCGCCAAAGACCCGGGCAACGACUUUGCCGUUUGCAGACUAGAAGACGGAGCCUACGUCGGCAACAUAGGCAUCAUCCGCGGCAAUGAUGUGUUGCACCGUACCUGGGAGCUGGGCUACUGGAUUGGCGAGGAAUAUUGGGGACAAGGCUUUGCUAGCGAAGCCUUGGUGGCCCUCUGCAGAUUCUGUUUCGAAACCCACCCUGAACUGUUGAGGUUGGAGGCGUCCAUGUUCAGUACUAACACGGCGAGUCGGAGAGUGCUUGAGAAGGCUGGCUGGACACACGAAGGUACCAAGAGGCAAGCCGUUGAAAAGCAAGGUCGAGUGCUCGACCUCUUGCUGUUCUCGCUUCUUAGACAUGAGAGUCUUUGUUGAAAUCUGGACAUCCAGCUUCAAUCCGGUUGAGAGAUUCGAGUAAUGGCGAGGAAGUCAAGACGUCAGGGAGAGGGCUCAGCAUCGUGCUGGCAGCGCUCGGGAAGUUUCGACAUGAGGCAUACAGCACUCGGAUGCUUGCAGAGCAGGGAAUACGGGUUAUAUGGCGUUGGUGGAUUGCGGUCAUUUUCUCAUCACCCUAACCAGUCGAUUGAUGGCAGCGUCGUUGCCUUUAGCAAUUCAUCACCAACCACGUCUUUUGUGCUACGAAUCUCAAGUAUUGUCGUUGUCGAACAGAACAAAAC